CAGGUAGUCAAGAUGCUGCUCGACAGCAAGGUCGACGUCAACGCGCAGGGUGGAGAGUUCGGCAACGCACUGCAGGCAGCUUCAUACGGAGGCCACGAGCAGGUAGUUAAGAUGCUGCUCGACAGCAAGGCCAACGUCAACGCACAGGGUGGAGAGUACGGCAACGCACUGCAGACAGCUUCAUACGGAGGCUACGAGCAGGUAGUCAAGAUGCUGCUCGACAGCAAGGCCGACGUCAACACUUGA